AUGCCAGCAGAGAAGCGGACGCUUCGCUCUAACCGGUCAGACGCCUCGGCGGAUGGCGAGAAACCCCGUUCGAACUCGCAGAGCUCUAGCUCCAACAAAGAUAAAGCUGCUCCGACUCGCUCGGCGGCGUCACGAGGCAAGGCAGCGCCAGCCAGGAAACCGGCCUCAGGCUCAAAAAAGGCCACGCCCGAGGGCUCUGAUGCUGUCGAAAAUGGUGUGAACGGUCCCGAGGACGUGCAGAUGAGUGAAGAGCAUUUGAACGGCUCUGUAUCACCCAAGCAGCGCGACGACAACGACGGCGACGAAGAGAUGACUGUUGUUGUUCCUCCGUCAAAAGCUUCAAGACUGUCGGGAGAGCCUGAGAAGAGCCGCAGCGAGUCUAAGAUGGACACAGAUCAGGACGAGGAUGUUCAGCAGGAUGAAGUGGUUGAUCCGGCUGAGAAAGCGAAGUCUGAUAUCCGGACAAAUUUCACAUUACUCGAGAGGGCUGUGAUGCAUUUUGAUCUACGCUUCACCCUUAGGGUACUGCGAACAAUCUCAUCUAUGCGUAAACACCUGUCUGCAGACCUACUCGCCAGUGUUAUCACAUCUGCCUAUCAGCGUUCGGAUCCUACCGCUUCCUUCCUUCUGGCAGCCCUUGAUAGACAGUCUGCUUUUGAUAAUGUUACCGAAGAUAUUGAUAUGGAAGAUGCCUCGGACAUGAAAUCGUCAGCUACGCCCGCCACAAAGACAGUCGCUUCAUCCAAAGAAACCCUGCCCGAGAUCGACGUCUAUCUUUCCAUUCUGGUUCAGAUUCACCUGUAUGAUGCAAAACGUACAGAGAAAGGUGCUCAGUUCUCGCAGAAGCUGGUCGAGAAGCUGAGGACGCAUAACCGAAGGACUCUGGACUGUUUGGCUGCUCGAGUGUACUUUUAUUAUUCUCUCUUUUUCGAACAGCUAAAACCGCUUCCGCCUUCACCGACUGCAGCCGUCAUAUCCAUCAGACCUUCGCUCCUUGCAGCUCUCCGGACCGCCGUUCUUCGUAAAGACACCGACAUUCAGGCAACCGUCACUACUCUCUUGCUUCGCAACUACCUGUCUACCUCCCACAUCUCCCAAGCCGAUCUCUUCAUCUCUCACUCCGAAUUCCCCGUCGGUGCAUCCAACAACCAGAUUGCUCGAUAUCUCUACUAUCUAGGUCGGAUCCGAGCUAUCCAGCUGCGCUAUACCGACGCACACCAACAUCUGGUGGGCGCCACCCGGAAGUCCCCGUCGACUCUAAGCGCGGGUGGCUUCUACCAGGCAUCGAUGAAGCUACUUGUUGUCGUCGAGCUGCUCAUGGGAGACAUACCUGACCGUGCCAUCUUCCGCCAGGCAGCUCUCGAGCGAGCAAUGCAUCCUUACUUCUUGCUCGUACGAGCCGUCAGCGUGGGUGAUCUCGACGGCUUCCAGAAGAUUGUCCAGACCUACGGCCCCGUCUUCCGAAAGGACAGCACGUACACACUUAUUCUACGACUACGACAGAACGUCAUAAAGACCGGUAUACGCAUGAUGUCGUUGUCAUACACUCGUAUCUCCCUACGUGACAUCUGCCUUCGUCUCGGCUUGGAUAGUGAGGAGUCUGCCGAGUACAUUGUCGCAAAGGCUAUAAGGGACGGUGUUAUCGAGGCAUCGUUGGACCAUGAGAAGGGCUACAUGAAGAGCAAGGACAUUGGCGACGUGUACGCUACCCAGGAGCCGGGAGAGGUCUUCCACGAGCGUAUCCAAGCUUGUCUUGGCCUCCAUGACGAGAGUGUCAAGGCAAUGAGGUUCCCCAUGAACCAGCACCGUCUUGAGCUGAAGAACGCCCAGGAGGCCCGCGAGCGAGAGAGGGAGCUGGCCAAGGAGAUUGUGGAGGGAGACAUGGACGACGAUGACGCCGGUGGCGACUUCGAGGGUAUCUAG